AUGUUGGAGAAGAUCGGAUUACCAGCGAAGCCUUCAUUAAGAGGAAAUAGUUGGGUCGUUGAUGCUUCUCAUUGUCAAGGAUGUUCUUCUCAAUUUACUUUCAUCAAUCGCAAGCAUCAUUGCCGGAGAUGUGGAGGAUUGUUCUGUGGUAGCUGCACUCAGCAGAGAAUGUCCUUACGUGGACAAGGUGACACACCUGUGCGUAUUUGUGAACCAUGUAAGAAACUUGAAGAAGCUGCUCGGUUUGAGUUGCGUCAGGGUUACAAAAGUAGAGCUGCAAAAGGUGGCUCUAAAAAGACCAUAAAGAACGAAGAUGAUGUACUCAGUGAGAUUCUGGGAUCUGAUGCUGAUGUAUCUUCUUCAUCAGAAUCAGUGUCUAGUACAGACAGGGUUACAUCUAAAGAAAUGGCAAGCAGCAGUAGUAACAAAGAUAUGGAGUUGGAUGUUGUGUCAUUUUGUCCUGAAGAAUUGCGUAAACAAGCAGUAGAAGAGAAAAAUAAGUACAGAGUCCUUAAAGGCAAAGGGAAAUCGGAAGAAGCUCUAAAAGCCUUUAAGAGAGGGAAGGAACUCGAGAGACGGGCUGACACACUAGAGAUAUCUUUAAGAAAGGACCAGAAAAGGGCAGUGUCCAUGCGAAAUGUUGCUGAGACGCAGAACAAGGCUGCUACAAAAGAAUCUAGCAAAUCGCAAAAGCCUCCACGUCAAGGGGGUAAAGGAAAUGAUGAUUUGACAGCUGAGCUGAGGGAGCUAGGAUGGUCUGAUGAUGAAGAUAAAAAACCCGCUAGUGUAAGUUUGGAGGGCGAGUUUUCGUCUCUUCUCCGCGAAAUUCCCGUAAAGACUAACCCACAGAAGAGUGAAGGAAUUGACAAGAGUCAAGUUAUUGCCAUUAAGAGAAAAGCACUUGCGCUAAAACGUGAAGGAAAACUUGCAGAAGCUAAAGAAGAACUAAAAAGAGCUAAAAUUUUGGAACGGGAACUUGAAGAGCAAGAACUUUUGGGCGGGGCUGAUGAAUCAGAUGAUGAGCUAUCUGCACUUAUCAAUAGUAUGGAUGAUGACAAAGAAGAUGAUCUGUUAGCUCAGUAUGAAGGGAGCCAUGAUUUUGACAUUAGUAACCUUGUGGGAACUGUAGAUGAUAUUGGAGUUCAUGGUGAAUAUGAUGUCACAGAUGAAGAUAUGGAGGAUCCAGCAAUUGCUGCUGCAUUGAAAUCUUUGGGCUGGACUGAAGAUCCUGGACAACAUGAGAAUGUCCACCCUCAGUCUUCUUCUAACUCUAGAGAAGAACGUUUAGCUGAAAUUCAGACAUUGAAAAGAGAGGCUCUUAAUCUAAAACGAGCUGGAAAUGUUGCAGAGGCCAUGGCUACACUAAAGAAGGCAAAAUUACUUGAGAGGGAACUAGAGUCUGCUGAUACAUCCUCACAAACUGGUGAUACGACCAUGGAAGAGAAGGACGUGAGCACGAAACCUCCUCCCAGAAGCAGGCUGGUGAUUCAGAGAGAGCUUCUUGCAGUGAAAAAGAAAGCUCUUACUUUGAAAAGGGAAGGAAAGUUUAAUGAAGCAGAAGAAGAACUGAAGAAAGGAGCGGUUCUCCAAGAUCAGCUUGAAGAGCUGGACAAUUCGUCAAAGCUAGCUGCAGCAGGAAAGGCUAGUCGUGAAAAAAGAGAUGUUGGAAAUGAUCUGCCUGAUAUUUCUACAAAUUCUAUGGAUGUUGAUGGAGAGGUAGAUGUAAAAGAUGAAGAGCUAAAUGAUCCGAAUUACCUCUCGAUGCUAAAGAACUUAGGCUGGAAUGAUGAAGAUAAUAGUCCUGCAGGUUCUUCACCAGCAAAACCUGAGCGAGUUAGUUCAAAACCAGGGAAAAUAACAGAAACUCAAGAUGCAUAUGAAAUUCGUGUUACGAAACCAAGAAGAAGUAAAGCUGAAAUACAACGCGAACUCUUAGGGCUGAAAAGAAAGGCUCUAACUUUGCGGCGGCAGGGCAAUGUUGAUGAAGCGGAUGAAGUUCUAAACCAGACAAAAAUAUUGGAAGCACAGAUGAUGGAGAUUGAUUCAGGCAAGAAUCUUCAUGCUCACGGUGAUCAGCUAAACAAAAUAUCUACUGAUAGUGGAAUCAAUAAAGAAGAUGAUAGCGUUACAGAAAAUGAUAUGAAGGACCCAGCGUUAUUGUCAACUCUUAAGAAUUUGGGAUGGGAGGAUAAGCCUAAAGCUUUUGGCGGUGAGGAGAUGAAAGACUCAGCUUCGGCGAUCAACUCUACAAGCUACAUGGACGUUGAUUUAUUAGUUGGGUCUCAAAUGGAGGACAAAGCAGUCAAAUCUGCUAGUGUUUCUCAUGCUGCUCAAGGUAGUUAUGACUUGUUAGGAGACUUUAUCUCCCCUGCUAAAUCUGGUUCCUUUAGCACACAUGGGAUGACUAAGAGUGGAGUUGUUUCUCAGUCGGGCCAACAGCAACUAAGUAUGAUGGAUUUGCUGACUGGUGAGCAUUCUGUAAGGUCUCAAACUCCUGUAGAAAAAGGAAGAGUUGAGACUAAGUCAGAAUUUGGAUCGGGAAAUAGUCACGGCACCACCGAACAAACUGUUGCACGUGAAGAGUCAAAGCCCGGAUAUGUUCAAUCAGCUUCUGUUCAAAACACAUCUCCUGAGAACAGCCUUAAACAAGAAAUUCUAGCUCAUAAGAGAAAGGCGCUUGCCUUUAAGAAAGAAGGAAAAAUAAGUGAAGCGAAAGAGGCAUUACUAGAAGCAAAAUUGUUGGAGAGGAGACAACAAGAAGGAGAAAAUCAUUCUCCUGAAAAUCUAAAACGAGAUGAUACGGUUUCUGUACCGCAUCCUCCUGCUAAAGAGAAAGAAAAUAGUCCUUCAACUUCAGCUCCAAAGGCAAUGUCUAGUCGUGACCGUUUUAAGCUGCAGCAAGAAUCACUAAACCACAAACGUCAAGCCAUGAAGCUUCGGAGGGAAGGUAAAAUGGAAGAAGCAGAAGCUGAGUUGGAAAUCGCCAAAACUCUUGAAGCUCAGUUAGAGGAUGCAACAUCAUCCUCUAAAUCAGAACAAAUGGAUGAUGUAGCAGUGGAAGAUUUUCUCGAUCCUCAACUCAUGGCUGCCCUCAAAGCUAUUGGACUGGACAGUUCUGUGAAACCAUCGGUUAGUACAACAGACACAGCACAACCUACUGGAAAACCAGUGCGUGAAGCUGUGCAGCCGAAUCCAGACAGCGAGAGUGAUAAUAAUAAUCAAGAGAGAAGUGAAUUGGGGGAGCGGAUAAAAGCAGAGAAGAUAAAAGCUGUAACCCUGAAACGUGCAGGGAAACAAGCCGAGGCAUUAGAUGCUCUUCGACGGGCAAAACUGUAUGAAAAGAAACUAAACGCUCUUGUUUCAAAUUGA